AUGUUUUAUACAAGAAUAGACUUACCCUUUGGUUCUAUUGAUGAAUUCGUACCAAGCUGUAGAGUUGGCCGGUGGUACCGACGCCCGGGACGCGGGAACUUGAUGCGUGUCGAUCGAUCGAUGUCUGACGAAGAAGUGCCAAUUGAGAAUGCGUUAAUAUGGUCAGAGUUAAGGAUCCUCGAAGCGAUGAAGAGAGAAGUCUGUGAUAUAGCUUUAGUACAGUUAAGUAUCCUUCUAUGCCACCGGCAGUCCUACGUACGAAGGACAACUUCUAAUAAGUUAUACGAAGCCCUUCUAGUAUAUGGCGAAGAUAGCAAGAUAAAUCCAGAUAAUCUCGACACUAUAAUGGCCAUAUUGAGUUCCACUGAUUGGGAAAAGCCUAUCGAGGAGAUCAGACCAAUUAGAAAUGAAUUAUGCAAUUUGAUGGGUAUUAGGGUGCCUGUGCAAGCGAAAAAAAAAAUCAUAAGUUUAUUUUGAGUUCUAAUAACGUCUAUUUCAAUAAACUUUAAAAUACUUUUAACUAUGUGAACGCUUACUUUUAUAUUUAUUUAUGUGAUUAACAAAAAUAUAUUUUAUAUCGCCC